GAUUAUUAAGGCAAUUCAUACCUCUCUUUUUGUGUAACAAACUUUUGAUUAGCUUGCUUAUAUUCUUCUUCUUUCUCCUCUUCGGGUAGGAGGUUUGUGUAGCAAAAGCAAACCCCUAACAUUAAUCUUCAUAAUCUUUAAAAAAAAAAAAGAAAAAACAAAAGUAGUUCCAUGGAUUCUUCGUGGAAUUCUUCCGGAACUGUAAACAUUUUGAUAAGUUACAUGUUACUAUUCGCGACGUGCUUUUGUUCGGUCGCUAAUUCUACCAUCCCUCCAAAAGUGCAACAAAUUGCACAAGAAUCAGCGUCGGCCCUGGGCCAAGUUGAGUCCUCCAUACAAAAUGCCGCUGGUUCCUUGUUAAUGGCCGGAGAAGAGAAAGCUUUCCUCGCGGCGCACAACAAGGCGCGUCUCCACGCAGGCGAACCGCCUCUCGUGUGGGACGCGAAGUUGGCCGCCUACGCCCGACAAUACGCCCAGCAGCGCAGCGUGGAUUGCAAUAUGGUACAUUCUAAGGGUCCUUACGGGGAAAACAUCUUUUGGGGAGGCGGAAGCCAGUGGACCGCCAAUGAUGCGGUGGCUAUGUGGAUAAGAGAACACCGAUCCUACGAUCGAGCCAGCAUGAAAUGUGAGGCGGGCAAAAUGUGUGGACACUAUACCCAAGUUGUGUGGAGGGACACCGUCAGAUUAGGAUGUGCCAUUUCUCGUUGUGUUUCCGGCGACACUUUUGCUGUUUGUUCUUAUGAUCCUCCGGGGAAUUACGUCGGUGAAAAUCCUUUUGCUUAAAAUAUAUGAUUAAAUCAGCAAAGAUCCAUACUAGUAUUGCAAUAUUUUGUGUUCGAAUUUAUGUAUUUGGAUUAAUGUAACAUUUUGAACUCCUACAUUAAUAAUAUAUAUGAAAGAUAGAUCUGCAACGUCAUUUUGUACGUCCCAUAUCUUUUAAUUCUCCUAUUGA